AUGACAACGAAUCGGGUUUUGUUGGGUCAACAUAGUCCUAGUGAUCUGCUGGAUAGUUACUCGUCCUCGUCUACUACGGGAUUACCAGAUAUAGACGAUGAUCUUGAAGCCGGUGAUACAAAAAGAACAGAUUCAUACUUUAGUGAGUUAUUUGAUCCUAUUAAACUGUCGAACAAUUCAGAGCGGAAUCGUGAUACUCGAAUUGACACAGAUGCUGAUACAUUAACCAACACAUCAACGAAACGAAGUUUGUUCUAUGGGAGGCUAAAUACUGUACGCUCUAUUGCAAGUAAGAAGUUUACCGCUACUGUAGAUGAGCAAGCCGCCCAAGAGGUGUUACAUUCGGAUCCCUCGACCAAGGACACCAACACAAGCAACCACACCCUCAGUACAAACGAUUUACUUCAGGAAGAUAAAUCAGCAGCACGAAGGUUAAAAGAGCCAGUGACUAUUAAUAAAUUGUCCGUUGGAUCAGUCACUACGGAUAGAGCCAACACAGAAAUGACAUCCGAAAAGGAAAAGAUGCACGAAAGAGUACUGACUAUGAUGAAAAGGCCCUCCCUGCUUACAAGUUCUAUGCUGUCAUCAAGAAAAUCUUCGAGGGUAGCGAGUGGCUCGGUAGAUUAUUCAAUUUCAAUUCCCUCCCUAAGGACAAUGAGUGGUGCAGAUAGGCGAAGGCUGAAAGAAAAAUUACAUGCUAUAGAUAAUGAACAACCUGGCCAAAGCCCAAGAUCCUUAACGCCUGAAAUAGUACACAAAAGGCUCUCAUCCUCAGCUGAUAUGCUGCUGGAAGAAGGCAUCCAAAUCAGUAAACUCCACGAACUGAAGAGGCCAAUUGUUGAUUUGGAAAAGAACUCUUCUGUACGUUCGUUUGACGGAUCCGAUACCAAACGUGAAGAAUCCAUUACUGACGUGUAUUGCAUUCCAGCGAUAAUACUUCUUUUUUUUGCAGGCCUAUUUGUGCCAGCAAUAUUUUUUAUGAUAGCAGGCGGUAGAUAUUCAGGUGUAUCUGAUUUCUCUCUUGCCAGCCUUGUUCUUAACACAAAAUAUCGACCAAAAUCAGCUCAGCGCCAUUCUGGGUACGCCAAACUACGCUGGUUUCGAAUUAUGGCCCUGAUUGUAGGCUUAUUAGAAACUUUGGCGUUGAUGGCAGUGAUUGCCAUCGUCCUUGGCCUACAUUUGUUAGGGCGGUAG